ACUUAUAUAAUGCCUCUCUUCAGUAUGGGACUGAUACAGGACUGAAGAGGAUGCUCAAAUACACCUGCUGCAACAAUACACAGUUAGCAGAGUUGCAACAGUUAGACUAAACUGCAAAACCGCUUUUUAGACCCGUCAGAAACCAACCAUAAGUGGAGCAGACAACACAACCGAGCGGAUCAUUGAUGAGAGGAGCUUUUAGUCCUGUAGACCUGACUUGAUUCUCAGCACCGGAAGGCAAGAUGCCAGUCCAGAUACCGGACGACACCGAUUUCUUAUCUUUCCGCGAUCAAUGUGAAAGUCAGGAUGGCUGGGUCGCCCGUUAUAAUAAAGGAGGAGUGACGGUUUGGUGUCGAGACGAGGAGUGCAAAACUGUGCAGAAACUCAAGAUGAGAAUCGUGUGCAAGGACGUGACGGCAGAGACUCUCUACGACGUCUUGCACGACACGAGCUACCGGAAGAAAUGGGACACCAACAUGAUCGACACUUUCGAUAUUGGAAGACUGACAGUUAAUGCAGAUGUAGGAUAUUAUUCCUGGAAGUGUCCGAGUCCAUUGAAGAACAGAGACUUUGUCACCAUGCGGUCAUGGCUUCCUCUUGGCAAUGACUAUCUGAUCAUCAACUACUCUGUCAAACACCCGGAAUACCCACCAAAGAAGGAUUAUGUCAGAGCUGUGUCAUUACUCACUGGGUACUUGAUCCAAUCCAGUGGAGCAAACUGCUGUACUCUUUAUUACUUGACACAAGUGGAUCCACGAGGGUCUUUACCCAAGUGGGUAGUAAACAGGGCCUCACAGUUAGUGGCACCAAAAGCCAUGAAAAAGAUUUACAAAGCCUGCCUAAAGUAUCCGGAGUGGAAGCGGAAACACGAGCCCAAUCUGAAGCCGUGGAGGUACCCGGAGCAGAACACGCUACCCUGCAUCAACGUAGCUGAUCUGACAGUGCAAAGAGCAGAUUCACUGGAGAACAUCGACGAGAGCAGCGUGAGCGAGGAGAAAGCCCAGCACCACAGUGAUGAUGAUGAGACCUAAGAUCUCUCACACCGACUCUCCUGUGUUUUGUGUGGAUGUGAAAGCGACUGCGGAUGGUUACCUUACAAUCAUCCUCUACAUCAUACAUUCCCUUCUUUGGGUUGAACAAAAUAACAUUAUAUUGUUUUGCAGAUAUUUAAAGACCUCCAUUCUAUGUCCAUACACUGAGGAAGGGUCUGGUUGUAUUAGACGUUUUAUAGUGUAUGAUCAAAUCAUUCAGUGUAAAACUUCUUAAACGGUGUCAGUAAAUACUUUGGAAGUGUAAUAACUUUAUUACUCAAUGUUAAUGUAUUAUUGUGACCCAUGUAACUUAAAUUUAAAUGUAACUUAAAAUUAAAUUGCUUAAACGGUGCACAACUCAUUCUGUCAUUCUGUCAAGCAGUUAUAAGUGAUAACACACCAUCUUCAGCCCCUAUAUUCUAAGGUGAGAAUUUCCUGUGUGAGGUUGCAAGGACUUACAGCCUUUUAUUCUUUAAGUGACAAAGAUCUGCAUAUUACACUGCCUUGAAAAGACCUCAGGGGCUGUAAAAAUCAAUUCUGUGUAGUACAUUUGGAUCUGUCUGUGUGCUUUUGACUCAGUGGCAUUUUUCUCAAUGUCUUAAGA